AUGAUUCGAUUCAUCUUGUUGCAAAACCGACAAGGGAAGACGCGUUUGGCGAAGUAUUACGUGCCGUUAGAGGAGGAUGAAAAACAUCAGUUGGAAACUGAGGUGCACCGAGUCGUCGUCAAUCGAGAUCCGAAACACACUUCUUUCGUUGAAUUUAAGAACCAUAAGUUAGUCUAUCGACGAUACGCGGGAUUGUUCUUCACCUUAUGCGUAGAUUCAAGCGAUAACGAGCUCGUUCAUUUAGAAUCCAUACAUCUGUUCGUGGAAAUAUUAGACCAUUUUUUCGCGAACGUUUGCGAGUUAGACUUAGUGUUCAACUUUCAGAAGGUGUACGUCAUCGUGGACGAGUUCAUUUUAGCCGGGGAAGUCCAAGAGACGAGCAAGAAAGCGAUAAUGAUGAGGUUAGCUGAAUUAGAACAAAUUAAAGGCUAG